CUCAUCUACCCCCUCUGUAGUCUUGCUAAGGCUGAGAACUCCAUUUCUACCUUUCCUACCUCAUGAUAUGCGCACGACAAGUAUUUCGGUGCUUUCGCGCCGUAGAGCGCUUCGGUGAUCGCGUCACUGGCGCAGCGGGGCCCUGGUUCGUCGGCAUGGCUGCUAUCCUCGUCUCUGCAGGAGCGUUCGCUUUCUUCGAGGUUAUUCUUCCAACCAUGUCCCAUCCCAUCCUCAGCUUCUUCCCCUGCGCUCUCAUCGCCGCCAAUCUCGGGUUUCAUUACUAUACUGUAUGUACUGUUCGACCAGGCUUUGUUGAUGACGUCCACCCGGUGUCUUCCUCACCCGAGCGACCGCCAGAAGGAGGACCCGGGUUGUUUUGGGCGAAGAGGAAGGGGGCAACAGACCACAUGGAAGGCGUAAGGUGGACGCGAGCGUUGAACGUGACGCCUGCAAGCAUGAGCCGAUGCAAGAAGUGUGGGGUUGUGCGACCGGAGAGGGCGCAUCACUGCCGAGUUUGUAAUCGCUGCGUAUUGAAGUACGACCACCACUGUCCUGUGAGGAUAAACCAAUGUGUGGGACUUCAUAACGAGCGGCAUUUCGUCCUCUUUAUGGCAUACCUUGUCCUUGCGACAUUCUUUCUCAGCGUAUGUGGGUUUCAAAAGGCUCUUGAUGCGCUUGGUUUCAACUUCAUCGCAGAUUGGCCAUAUCUUACCCCAGAGAUUCUUUACGUGCUCAUAUAUAUGCUCUCAGUCGUCAUGUGCCUUGCGGUUGGUAUCAUGCUCUUAUGGCACAUGUGGGGUGUCGUUAAAGGCGAGACGGCUGUCGAGAGUCAGGAUCACGAAGUGUACCGCAAAAUAGCGCGGAGCAGAAAUGACAACUUCGUCAAUUCUUAUGAUCUAGGGAAACGACGGAAUCUAGAAGUGUUCUUCAACAUAGGGCCCGACGGAUACCCGUGGUAUACCCUCCUCCUCCCAUUGCGUGUACCAUCAUACACCGAUGGCCGCUCCUGGGCGCGACGUGAUGGAUUUGAUCGGCAUGGCGGAGUGGUCGCGGGGGAGGAGCUGACAGACGAAGAGGAGUCUGAAGAGCCGUAACGUCAACCUAGGGCAGUCCUUUGCAGGUUCGGACGUGGCGGUAAUGAGAGACACUUCCCAUCUCUUCCCAUCGUAUGUCGCCUUGGAAGCUUUGAGACCGGCCGAGCAUUCCCGAGCGUGCCCGGUGUCACCCGAAUUCCGACGCAGGACACGCUAAGUUCCAGACGUCCAUACUUACUGUACUUUAUCGAUGUCCCAGCACUCUUGCCGCUAAUAGC